CUGUGAUCCCCUCUGAUGUGUGUUGCGUCCCCAGGUCCGCCCGGUGAGAGCCGGACCGGGGCCACGGGACCCCCAGGCAGUGCCGGGCCCCGCGGGCCCCCCGGCCGCCAGGGCCACGCCGGGGUGAGGGGCCCCCCAGGGCCGGCGGGGUACUGCGACUCGUCCCAGUGCGUGGGCAUCCCCUACAACGGACAAGGAUACAGAGACCAACGCCCGGCCCAGCCCAAUAGCUACCGGGUGCCCGUCCACGAGGAAGAGGAGGAGCUCUCACACAACCUGCGACUGAAGAGGUCUCUAUCGCGGACGCCGUCUAAGAGGCGAGCGUCCUAAGUCCGGCCCGCCGCCUGGAGUUCCUUGUUUUGUUGUGUUGCUCCAUGUGUUCCAACCUGUGGUCGAUGUAUCUGUUACGUAAUCGCUAUCAUAAGCUGCAUUCCUUCAUAUGUUCACCCACCACAAACAACAGGGUUUGAUACCUUGCCCGUAUUUUCCGGGAACGCGAUUUUGAUGCCUUGAGGAAUCUCAGGGGGUCGUUUUGGUUUGAGCUCCCGUGGUUUUGGAGGAGGGGCUUAAGAGGGAG